AUGUGGCGGCCCACCGGUAGCAGGACUCUUCCAGAGUUUACUAUUUUUACCGGAAUUGCGCGAGUUGCCAUAGCAACCUGUGAAGAUGAGUUUCAAUGUAUGGCCUGUGGUUGCAGUGUGCAUGUGGUGACAGUAACCCUGGAGUGUCAGGUGGCGACAGUAACCCUGGAGUGUCAGGUGGUGACAGUAACCCUGGAGUGUCAGGUGGUGACAGUAACCCUGGAGAGUCAGGUGGUGACAGUAACCCUGGAGAGUCAGGUGGUGACAGUAACCCUGGAGAGUCAGGUGGUGACAGUAACCCUGGAGUGUCAGGUGGUGACAGUAACCCUGGAGUGUCAGGUGGUGACAGUAACCCUGGAGUGUCAGGUGGUGACAGUAGCCCUGGAGUGUCAGGUGAUGACAGUAACCCGGGAGCGUCAGGUGAUGACAGUAACCCUGGAGUGUCAGGUGGUGACAGUAACCCUGGAGAGUCAGGUGGUGACAGUAACCCUGGAGCGUCAGGUGGUGACAGUAACCCUGGAGUGUCAGGUGGUGACAGUAACCCUGGAGAGUCAGGUGGUGACAGUAACCCUGGAGUGUCAGGUGGUGACAGUAACCCUGGAGAGUCAGGUGGUGACAGUAACCCUGGAGUGUCAGGUGGUGACAGUAACCCUGGAGUGUCAGGUGGUGACAGUAACCCUGGAGUGUCAGGUGGCGACAGUAACCCUGGAGUGUCAUGUGGUGACAGUAGCCCUGGAGUGUCAGGUGGUGACAGUAACACGGGAGCGUCAGGUGGUGACAGUAACCCGGGAGUGUCAGGUGGUGACAGUAACCCUGGAGUGUCAGGUGGUGACAGUAACCCUGGAGAGUCAGGUGGUGACAGUAACCCUGGAGUGUCAGGUGGCGACAGUAACCCGGGAGUGUCAGGUGGUGACAGUAACCCUGGAGUGUGGUGACAGUAACAAGGGAGUGUCAGGUGAUGACAGUAACCCGGGAGUGUCAGGUGGUGACAGUAACACGGGAGUGUCAGGUGGUGACAGUAACCCUGGAGUGUCAGGUGGUAACAUUAACCCGGGAGUGUCAGGUGAUGACAGUAACCCUGGAGUGUCAGGUGAUGACAGUAACCCUGGAGUGUCAGGUGGUGACAUUAACCCUGGAGUGUCAGGUGAUGACAGUAACCCUGGAGUGUCAGGUGAUGACAGUAGCCAUGGAGUGACAGGUGGUGACAGUAACCCUGGAGUGUCAGGUGAUGACAAUAGCCCUGGAGUGUCAGGUGGUGACAGUAACCCUGGAGGGUCAGGUGAUGACAGUAACCCGGGAGUGUCAGGUGGUGACAUUAACCCUGGAGUGUCAGGUGAUGACAGUAGCCCUGGAGUGUCAGGUGAUGACAGUAACCCUGGAGUGUCGGGUGAUGACAGUAGCCCUGGAGUGACAGGUGGUGACAGUAACCCUGGAGUGUCAGGUGAUGACAGUAGCCCUGGAGUGACAGGUGGUGACAGUAACAAGGGAGUGACAGGUAGUGACAGUAACCCUGAAGUGUCAGGUGGUGACAGUAACAAGGGAGUGUCAGGUGGUGACAGUAACCCUGGAGUGACAGGUGGUGACAGUAACACGGGAGUGACAGGUAGUGACAGUAACCCUGGAGUGUCAGGUGGCGACAGUAACCCGGGAGUGUCAGGUGGUGACAGUAACCCGGGAGCGCCAGGUGGUGACAGUAACCCUGGAGUGUCAGGUGAUGACAGUAGCCCUGGAGCGUCAGGUGGAGACAGUAACCCUGGAGUGUCAGGUGAUGACAGUGACCCUGGAGUGUCAGGUGGAGACAGUAACCCUGGAGUGUCAGGUGGUGACAGUAGCCCUGGAGUGUCAGGUGGUGACAGUAACAAGGGAGUGUCAGGUGGUGACAGUAACAAGGGAGUGUCAGGUGGUGACAGUAGCCCUGGAGUGUCAGGUGGAGACAGUAACCCUGGAGUGUCAGGUGGUGACAGUAACCCUGGAGUGUCAGGUGGUGACAGUAACCCUGGAGUGUCAGGUGGUGACAGUAGCCCUGGAGUGACAGGUGGUGACAGUAACAAGGGAGUGUCAGGUGGUGACAGUAACCCGGGAGUGCCAGGUGGUGACAGUAGCCCUGGAGUGUCAGGUGGAGACAGUAGCCCUGGAGUGUCAGGUGAUGACAGUAACCCUGGAGCGUCAGGUGGUGACAGUAACCCUGGAGUGUCAGGUGGUGACAGUAACCCUGGAGUGUCAGGUGGUGACAGUAACCCUGGAGUGUCAGGUGGUGACAUUAACCCUGGAGUGUCAGGUGGGGACAGUAACCCUGGAGUGUCAGGUGGUAACAUUAACCCUGGAGUGUCAGGUGAUGACAGUAACCCGGGAGUGUCAGGUGGUGACAUUAACCCUGGAGUGUCAGGUGAUGACAGUAGCCCUGGAGUGUCAGGUGGUGACAGUAACCCUGGAGAGUCAGGUGAUGACAGUAACACGGGAGUGUCAGGUAGUGACAGUAACCCUGGAGUGUCAGGUGGUGACAGUAACACGGGAGUGUUAGGUGAUGACAGUAACCCUGGAGCGUCAGGUGGUGACAGUAACCCUGGAGUGUCAGGUGGUGACAGUAACCCUGGAGUGUCAGGUGGUAACAUUAACCCGGGAGUGUCAGGUGAUGACAGUAACCCUGGAGUGUCAGGUGAUGACAGUAACCCGGGAGUGUCAGGUGGUGACAUUAACCCUGGAGUGUCAGGUGAUGACAGUAACCCUGGAGUGUCAGGUGAUGACAGUAGCCAUGGAGUGACAGGUGGUGACAGUAACCCUGGAGUGUCAGGUGAUGACAGUAGCCCUGGAGUGUCAGGUGGUGACAGUAACCCUGGAGGGUCAGGUGAUGACAGUAACCCGGGAGUGUCAGGUGGUGACAUUAACCCUGGAGUGUCAGGUGAUGACAGUAGCCCUGGAGUGUCAGGUGAUGACAGUAACCCUGGAGUGUCGGGUGAUGACAGUAGCCCUGGAGUGACAGGUGGUGACAGUAACCCUGGAGUGUCAGGUGAUGACAGUAGCCCUGGAGUGACAGGUGGUGACAGUAACAAGGGAGUGACAGGUAGUGACAGUAACCCUGAAGUGUCAGGUGGUGACAGUAACAAGGGUGUGUCAGGUGGUGACAGUAACCCUGGAGUGACAGGUGGUGACAGUAACACGGGAGUGACAGGUAGUGACAGUAACCCUGGAGUGUCAGGUGGCGACAGUAACCCGGGAGUGUCAGGUGGUGACAGUAACCCGGGAGCGCCAGGUGGUGACAGUAACCCUGGAGUGUCAGGUGAUGACAGUAGCCCUGGAGCGUCAGGUGGAGACAGUAACCCUGGAGUGUCAGGUGAUGACAGUGACCCUGGAGUGUCAGGUGGAGACAGUAACCCUGGAGUGUCAGGUGGUGACAGUAGCCCUGGAGUGUCAGGUGGUGACAGUAACAAGGGAGUGUCAGGUGGUGACAGUAACAAGGGAGUGUCAGGUGGUGACAGUAGCCCUGGAGUGUCAGGUGGAGACAGUAACCCUGGAGUGUCAGGUGGUGACAGUAACCCUGGAGUGUCAGGUGGUGACAGUAACCCUGGAGUGUCAGGUGGUGACAGUAGCCCUGGAGUGACAGGUGGUGACAGUAACAAGGGAGUGUCAGGUGGUGACAGUAACCCGGGAGUGCCAGGUGGUGACAGUAGCCCUGGAGUGUCAGGUGGAGACAGUAGCCCUGGAGUGUCAGGUGAUGACAGAACCCUGGAGCGUCAGGUGGUGACAGUAACCCUGGAGUGUCAGGUGGUGACAGUAACCCUGGAGUGUCAGGUGGUGACAGUAACCCUGGAGUGUCAGGUGGUGACAUUAACCCUGGAGUGUCAGGUGGUGACAGUAACCCUGGAGUGUCAGGUGGUAACAUUAACCCUGGAGUGUCAGGUGAUGACAGUAACCCGGGAGUGUCAGGUGGUGACAUUAACCCUGGAGUGUCAGGUGAUGACAGUAGCCCUGGAGUGUCAGGUGGUGACAGUAACCCUGGAGAGUCAGGUGAUGACAGUAACACGGGAGUGUCAGGUAGUGACAGUAACCCUGGAGUGUCAGGUGGUGACAGUAACACGGGAGUGUUAG